GAGAGCUGGUGUGGUAAAGAGAUCGUGCACCGCCAUCUAGUGACAACCCAUAUUCCAAGAAUUAAGGCACCACCCACUGAGGGCGGAACUAAUUCCGAUUCGGACUUGCUUUAUAUUCUUCAGUGCGCAUUAGAAAACAGUCAUUCUGUCAGGGUUCCUCAGCUACAAGAAAUAAAUCUUUCUACAGCAGCUCAAUCCAUGUCCUUAUUUGGCUCGCUUCAUACGCAGUUAAACUUGAAAUAUCUUCGCCUGUUUUCUCAAGUGGUGCUGAAAAAGUGGAUGGCAUUUAAAGGUCAAAAGGUAGAAAUUAAAAGAAUCGAGGUAACCAAAGGAACAGAUCUAUCAGUAGGCCAUCAGUUUAAAAUUUUACCGGAGUUAGAUCAUCCAAAUGUCAUCCACCUUUUCUCUGUGAAGAUAACAACGACUUUAGGUACUAUGCAUAAGAAUUGUGUGUCGCCUCGUUAGAUCAGCUAUUCCUGAAGUCAGAUGAAAUUUCGACCAUAUAAUUCACAAUAAUCCUAUCAACAUGUCAAAAACGGAUCGCAAAUUGCGUUACUACUCGAGCAAAGAUAAUAUUUUGAGAAACAUAUCGAAAAAUGAUUCUGGAACAAAGGUGAUAUCGAAGAAAGUCGUCGGUCAACAGAAACCCAUCAUCGAUAAGUUUGCUGGAUAUGAAAAUGAAUUGCUUCAAUUAUGUCGAUCUGGUACUCGAUCGGAUCUAACGGAGCAGAUCCAAUACUUAAUUAAUUUGGGAAUCAACUUGAAUGCAAAGGACAGCGAUGGAAAUAAUGCGCUCCAUCUUUUGUGUCGCUACCGCUACAGUUCAAGCGAAAAAUUAAUCGGCGCAGUUAAACUCUUAAUCCAACAUGGAAUCAACGUGAGCGCAAAGGACAAGGACGGAAGGAACGCGCUUCAUUAUUUGUGUCAACACAGUUCACGCUCAGACUUAAGUGAAGCAAUUCGAAUCUUCAUCGAGAACGGGAUCGACGUUAACGAAAAGGACAACGAUGGAUGGAAUGCGCUCAGAUUCUUAAGCAGAAACAGCAUGGAUAAACAUUUGAAAUUUGACGUCUUAAGAUUUUUAAUCCGAUAUGGUGCGCAGGUGCAUAGCGAAAAUGAGGCGAGUGCCAAUUUGUAUAAAGUCUUCUUCAAAGAAAACGAAAAUUAUGGGAAAAAAUGUCUUGACUUUCUAGCAGAGGAGGAAAUCCGUUUGGGAUGGCACGAUGCAUGUGAACAUUGCCAACAAAUACUGUUAAUUGGGGAAAGUCCCCGAGCACGAUUGCGGCACCACCAAAUGUUUAGCAGCUGCUACCUAGUGUUUCAUACUCUCAUGGAAGAAUUAGAAAAAUGGGCAAAAUCAAAAAAAAAAUCUGAAGAAUCAAAGCUGGAUGUAAAGAACCCAACAAAAUGGCUACGUGAAAAAGCAGAAGGGUGCCAGCAAAAUACAACUGACAAAAGCUACAAAGAGGACUUUGGAGUAAUGGCUGAUGUCAGUGAACAAGUCAAAGACGGAAGCGACUCAAGUCAUUUUAACUGUGAAAACUAUGAAAGCUAUUUAAGAUCCAUGUAUUCGGUCGCAGUAAUGACAGACUCAAAAGAGUCCAUGGAACAUAUCAAAUGGUUUUAUCUUUUACCUUUUGAUUUUCCUAUUGAUUACAGCAAUGAUGAGGGAUCAGUCAAAGAAGCCAAAAUUGAAUGGGACAAAACGCUUUUUAGCUGGGCUCACAAGGAAACUGACAAAGAUUAUGGGAAGUUUAUGGCAGAGGAUGCGAACGAGGGCUUUUUCAUGCCGAAAGAGUUCAAGUACAAGUGUCAUGGCGAGCUUUAAUUUAAUGUACUUUUGGGCGUAAGCUUAGGAAUAGAGUUCAUGCCUAAACUAAUCACAUAUCCCAUAUCUAGUUAGCAUUUCUUAUGCGUAUUGGUAUAAUAUAGAUUUGGUAUACACAGUUUAGUAGUAUAACACUGUUUAAAGAGCACAUCUGUGUCUCAAGUUUAUGGACAGCAUCUAUUUCGUUGGAAUAUUAAAUAAACGCUUAUUACGGCUCAACCAAAUACAAGCCAAAAAAUGUCUUCGGGUUAUGGGGCUUAGCAAGUUCAGUGUUGUUAUGUACGGAGCAUUUGAUUCGCAUGGAAAUAAAAUGAAAACACGUUCUGUUACUAUAUGAUCCUGACACUGC